AUGAGAUCAUUCACCGCUUUAUUAGUUAUCGUAUUAUCAGUUUUUGCCUUGUUUGGCCAAACUGCCCAAGCCCAAAGCAACGGCUACUGUGGCGUCUGCCAAAUGGUCGUUCAAAUGGCCGAGAGCUACAUCUCUGCCAACCAAAGCAUUGCCACUGCUGAAGCUGCCCUCGAAAAGGUCUGCCUCAUCGUCCCAGGUGCCUACCAACAAAUGUGCUCUUCCCUCAUCGAAGCCGAAUUCCCAACCAUUGUCGCUGGUGUCCUCGCCAAGGAAACCCCAGAUGUUAUCUGCCAACAACUCACCCUUUGCACUUCCUCUGAAGUCAAGGCUGCUGUCGUCGAACCAGAAAUCCAAGGUGAUGCUGAAUGUCUCCUCUGCCAAUUCAUCGUCGGAAAGGUCGAGACCUACGUUGCCGGUAACGCCACUGAAACCCAAGUUAUUGCCUUUUUGACCAAGGAAUGCAAGAUCUUUGGUGGUCUCGCUGGUGAAUGUCAAUCACUCGUCCAACAAUACGUUCCAGCCAUCAUGCAAAUGCUCGAGAACAAGGAAAACCCAUCCACCAUCUGCGCUCAACUCAGCCUCUGCUCAUCGGUCGUCGAAGUUGCCGAACCAAUCCAAGUUGGUCUCAUGUGCACCGUCUGCCAAGACCUCGUCCAAGUCAUUGAAGCCGAAGUCAAGAACAACCAAACCGAAUCCCAAAUCAUUGCCUACCUCGACCAACAAUGCAAGCGUACCGGUUUCGCCAGCAUCUGCGAACUCGUCGUCGACACUUAUGGUGAAACUCUCAUCAACUAUGUCAUCUCUGAAGAAAACCCAUCCACUGCCUGCUCCCAAGUAGGUCUCUGUGGUUCAUCUUCAUCCUCUGACUCUAACUCAUCAGACAACUCUGACUCAUCUGACAACUCUUCUGGAUCAUCUGCCUCUGGUUCAUCAUCCUCCUUCACCUCUACCGGUUCAUCUGGUUCUGGUUCCGGUUCCGGUUCAUCUGGUUCUGGAUCUGGUUCAUCCUCUGGUUCCGGUUCUGGUUCAUCCUCUGGUUCUGGUUCCUCAACCACCAACCACUCUGCCAGAAUUAGAAUCCACUAA